AUGACACAGGAGGAGUUUUGCACAAGGCUCGAUCACGAGUUGCACCUGUCUUCCGGAAAUGCUUCCGACGAAGAUGGUGUUAUCAUCAGGAAGGAGAGGGCUAGCGUGAAAGAUAUGAUUCUACGCUUUGAAAAGACUAAUAAUCAUAACUAUAGUGCUUCAAGAGAGUCCUUAUCAAAGUGCAGAGACCUGAACCUAGGAAGUUUGACAAGUGUAGUUAAUCCUAUUCAAUCGCAUUAUCAACAUCUGUAUCCUGUUUCAAAGUCACAAGACAGAAAUUCAAAUGUUUCAGUGAAUUCUAUAUUAUCAAAUGCUUCGGAACACAGUUUUGAAUCUAGUUCUUCAGGUUUUAUUUCGGAUAGAAAGUCGGGAAUAGACUUAUUAGUACCUCAUAGACCCGCUCCACCCCCUCCGUUAGAGUUUCGAGAUAGUUAUUCACCUGAGGACACAUCACCUAUUCCAGAGGAAAAUGUUACACUCAGAGAGAGGCGGUUUUCUUUUGCUACGCCAUCUACAUCACCGGUGGUCACAAGGAGAUUGCGACAACCACCUGUCAUGAGAAAGAAGUCGACAGCGGGAAGCCAAGUUCAUACUGGAGAAAGACAUUGGUCUUAUGGUGUUACGCAAAAAGAUAUAGAAAAGUUACUAAGACUUAAACGAUCGGACCCAUCUGAUACCGAGGAGGACAUUCCGGAGCAACAAUCUUCUACUGAUUCGUCAGAAAACGAAAGUAGUGAAGAUUCGCGUUCAAAUAGUGAUAAUGUUAGUGAUGGGAAGGAGUAUGUCAUCAAUGAAGAUGAUAAUGCAGUGGAAACUUUGUCAACUGAUCAUUCUACAGACACUUUAAUAAACGAAGAAGAUAGUGAUGUUCAGAGUGAUAGAGGAGACAAUGAGUCUGUCUCUUCAGGUGAAUUUGGUGAUCGUACUAAUUAUGACAAUGUUAGUAUUAAAUCAAUAUCAUCAUUCGACAUGGUUCCCUAUCAGAAAUAUGACAGUAUUACUGUGUCUUCGGAUGAGUUUGGCUCUGAGGUGUGCCACGCGCCGGACGCAGAAUUUCUUACUGUGAGUGCAGUGAACGAAUGGUGUAUUUCCAAGUCCACGGAACCGGUAUUGCUACCGAUAGAAUCGAAAAAGGAGAAAUAUCGCAGGCGACUGACAGAACGUGUGAAUGAAUUAAUACACACAGAAAAUGUGUACGUUGAACGUCUAAGGCAUGUGGUUGAAGACUAUAUACCUCAUAUGAGCCGGCCGGACUUGUCAGCAGCGUUCCAAGGACUCAAACCGGAGAUAUUCGGUAAUAUAGAAAGGAUAUUCAGGUUUCAUUCAGAAGAGUUCCUGCCUGCUUUAAGAGACUGUGAAAAUGAUCUCAGGAAAUUGGGACAGUGUUUUAGACAAUUUGAGAAAAGAUUUAAUCUCUACGUAAUGUACUCUAGGAACAAUAAAAGAGCGACAAAAUUAGUAUUUGAACAUAAACCAUUCUUCCAGGAAAUACAAUUAGAAUUAGGUGAUCGAUUAGAUCUCUCAAGUUAUUUACUAGAACCAGUGCAAAGGAUACCAAGGUAUAAGCUAUUUUUGGCUGAUUUAGUAAAAACUUAUACGAGUUAUGAGAACGAGAGAUGUGAGUCUGACUCGAGAAUAUCGAAGCUUAGUGUAGACAGUGACGAGACGGGUGGCAGCAACGGCGAGCCCUCGGAUAACGACGAAACUCCAUUGGAAAGUUUGAAGUUGGCGAAAACUAUGAUUGAAGGGGUGUUGACAGCGGUCGAUGGAAUAAUGGCAUUGGAAAAUAUUACUGACUGUCCGCUAUAUUUGAACCUGCUAAAUCAGGGCCGACUACUGCGACAGAACGAGUUCUACGCGAUGGACACUGCACGCAGACGACGACAACUAAUGAGGUUAUUCCUAUUCGACAAGCUGGUGCUCAUCACUAGUGUGUACCGAAAGCAACCCACCGUGGAGUACUUUAUAUACAAAGACCACAUAGCCGUGGAUGAUCUAGGUAUAACAGCGAAAGAAGAGGACCAUCACAAGUUUACAAUUUGGUACAAGAAAAGAAACCUUAAGUCUUAUAAGUUAGAGACGUCUGACUCAACGAUAAGGGAAACUUGGGUCGAAGACAUCACUUCACUGCUAUGGGAACAGGCCAUGCAGAAAAAAGAACUACUUCUCCAGCAGCGGAACAAAAGGAUAUCUAUGGUAUCAAUGAACAGCGAAGAUUCCAACAAGUCUGAAAGAAAUGACGAUAAAUAUAAUUCACUACGAGGGGUGCCGGGUGAAGUCAGAAGGUUAGUUGAUAAGAAAGUGCGAAGAACAACAUGGUACUGCGAAUGA